GUGAGACUAGAGGUACGAGAAAAGUUACCACAGGGUGAUGUGUCCGCCGCGAGGAUGAUCAAGCUGAGAAAGGCGCGACGUGGCCAACACCGCUGGCGCAGGGUAGCUUGGUGACAAGGAUGGAGUAAUAGAUGUGCUUUAUGGUCGGGUUCCUGAUGUGAUGUUCUCUGGCUAAAGAUGUGACGUUCUCUAGUAAGAAGCUGCUUGGGUUUCGCGGGCUCGAGGGUAGUUAUGCUAGUGUGCUUGGAAAUACUGUUGACAGUCUUAAGCGCCGGCUGAAGAUAUGAUGUUCUCUAGCUUCUGGUGUGAUCUUCUCCGGCUUCUGAUGUUGUCCGGCUUCUCCUCCUGGAGACUGACGAUGUAUAGCUUAGAAAUAGGGAUGGUGUGGCAUCUGCUAGGAUGCUGCCGUAAUGGCUGUAAGCGGCCCGUCUUGAAACACGGACCAAGGAGUCUAACAGCUAUGCGAGUGUCUAGGUGUCAAGCCCGAGCGCGUAAUGAAAGUGAAUGGAGGUAGGAACCCGCAAGGGUGCACCAUCGACCGAUCCUGAUGUCUUCGGAAGGAUUUGAGUAAGAGCAUGGCUGUUGGGACCUGGAAAAUGGUGAACUAUGCUUGAAUA